GUAUCUAGGGGAAUAUGUAGUUGACACAAACACUACAGGUCACAAUCCCAGAAGGCAAAAACCAAACCAAACCAAACCAAAAAACGAUCGCAAACCCCAAAGCAAAAAAAUCAAACCCCCUAAAUAGAAGGGUGAAAACAAGGUCUUAAACACAAAGCCGCUUUAUAGCCGAAAAGAAAUACUUUGGAUUUGACCUUAACCCAGCUCCAGCACUCCUGCGAUAAACUUUAUCAUCACUUGGAGAUAAAAUCUGAGCUGCACAGGCGGGGGGGGAGAGGGGCAGUAUCCUGCGAUGUGAGGGGCGAGCGUCCCACCGUCGCUUUAGGUCGUGCCGUCUCGGCAGAGACACCGAACACAAAUAUGACUCUCUUUCCUGCUGCCCGUGAAGAGAUUACUGCGCGUUUCGGAUCUAAACACCAAUUUGAGUAUUUACGGGUGGCUUUUGAAAGGCUGCUGCUUUGCUGUUGCUUUUAAAGCGUCUUUAUUACAAUAAGGGCGAGGCGAGGACGCAUUAGGACUUAGGUUAACUCUCUUUGUAAUUGUUCAUCAAGUCCUUGAUUUCUGGCUCGGAGGACGGGCUCCUUUUCCAUCCGUGCGUGGGAAAUAGUCAAUCUAAAGCCACAGCUAAAUGUGAUUUAGGAGACCGGGUACCCCGAAUUAGCUGAUGAAUUUUCUAUCGAUCCGAACCAAGCCCUAUUCAUCUCUGCCAGGCUCGGGGCGCAAUGUCCCUGCUCGCAGCACCUUAGCGGGGAAUGAGACGCAGACACCACCCGGAGCGAUCGCCAUGGAUCACGGGCCGGGGCAGCCGCUGUGAGCCGCAGCCCCCAAUCCCUUGAAAAUAAUUUUUUGUCCUUUUUCUUAUAUUUUUUCCCCUGGUUCCCCCCCCCCUCCCGGCCAGGACACACCCCCGAGGGGGGGCCGGGGGGGCCGCUUCUCGCCCGCGGGGCGCUGCAAGCCGGGGCCCGGCGGGGGCCGGCGGGGCCCGGCGGCGGCGCGGCCGCGGCGGCCGGAGGGGAGCGGGCGCCCCCGGCGCCUCCCCGGGGAUGCUCGGGGCCCCGGGAGAGCCCGGGCUGGGCAGAUUUCCUUAUCCGGGGAUCGGAGGCCACCUCGCCAUUGGCCCGCGCUGUCACAUGGACUCCAACUUUGUUCACUUGACAAAAUUAAUGGCCAUGAGCUCGUUUUUGAUCAACUCCAACUAUGUGGACCCCAAGUUCCCACCCUGUGAAGAGUAUUCCCACAGCGAUUACCUUCCCAGUCACUCGCCGGAAUAUUACAGCAGCCAGCGGCGAGCGGGCACUUUCCAACAUGAAGCGAUGUACCAGCCGCGGUCAGCCUGCAGCGAGCAGCUCUACCCGUCCUGCCAGAGCUCCGGCCCCCGCGCAGCCGUGUUGUCCCCCCGCGGCCACGUCCGUCCUGCCGCCGGGCUGCAGAGCCACCUCUCCGAGCCGGAGCAGCCCUGCGAGCCGGGCACCCCCAGCCCGCCGCCCUCCUGCAGCCAGAACUCGCUGAACCAAAGCCCGGCCAGCUCCUCCUGCAAGGAGCCGGUGGUUUACCCCUGGAUGAAAAAAGUCCAUGUAAGCACGGUGAACCCCAGCUUCGCGGGGGGGGAGCCGAAGCGCUCCCGCACGGCGUACACCCGGCAGCAGGUCCUGGAGCUGGAGAAGGAGUUUCACUACAACCGCUACCUGACGCGGCGGCGCCGGGUCGAGAUCGCGCACUCGCUCUGCCUCUCCGAGCGCCAGAUCAAGAUCUGGUUCCAGAACAGGAGGAUGAAAUGGAAAAAAGACCACAAGCUACCAAACACCAAGAUCAGGUCUAAUCCCUCCAGCUCCUCGGGCAGCCUGCAGCUACAGCAAGGCGGUUCUCAGAACCGAUCCAAUGGACCAGCCACCAGCCUAUAACUGCUCCUCGCGUGGGUGCGAGUGUGCGUGUGGGUGUGCGUCGGGGUGUGUGUGUGUGUGGGGAACACAUGGUCGUUUUUGUAUGCUCCGGGCAGCCAGGGAAGGAGGGGGGCUCUUUAUUUAUAGGGGGAGCAGAGGGAGACUCCGCUACAACAAAGCGGAGAGGUGCCGCGGUGCCUCUCUUCCAUUAAAAGGAGGCUGUAGAUAGUAGUUUUCAGAUUUGGCUAAGAUGGAUCCUUGUUUCAUCUUUAAUCACGCCAAGCUCUGCCCCAUUUGUCAUGUUUACUCUCCCGUACAAAGGAUGGACCUUAUGUCUGCUAUUACCUCGACAACCAGCGUUCACUUUAAUAAAUGAGGCUCAGUUUCUUCAAGACGAA